UAUAUUUUGGGAUCUUUGAUGUGCUGGACGUUGUGAGAAGCUGAUUGUAAAGCAGGUGCUGAAAACAAUAUCAUGGCAUAUCUGGGGCUUCUCUUUGUUGCAGCAGUGGUUCACAUCUGUACUGCAGAACCACAGCCACUAAAAGUGACCACCAUCAAGCAAGAACCAUACACAAUGUCAAAAGGCACAGAGUUUGAAGGCUUCUGUAUGGACUUGCUGUCUGCACUAGCCGAGAAACUGAGCUUCAAGUACAAUGUCCGCCUAGUGAAAGAUGGAAAAUACGGCACCAAGGAUGAGCGUGGCAACUGGGCUGGAAUGAUUGGAGAGGUUGUCAGGGGGGAAGCAGAUCUGGCCAUGGCUCCACUUACCCUCACCGCUGUUCGGGAGUUAGCUGUGGACAUGACCAAACCAUUCAUGCAGACAGGCCUUAGUUUUGUCAUGAGAAAGGACACUGCCUCAGAAGACUCGCAGUAUCUCAGCUUUUUAACUCUCUUCUCCAGUGAGAUGUGGAUCAGCCUGCUGGUCGCUUAUUUGCUUACCUCCUUCUGUAUCUUUUUGGUGGCUCGUAUUAGCCCGUCUGAAUGGAGCCAGCCACAGACAGAGGAAAAUCACUUCACAAUCUCACACAGCUUCUGGUACACUGUUGGGGCCUUAACACUUCAAGGCGCUGGUCCACACCCCAAGUCCUUCUCAGGACGUGUGAUUACUGCCAUCUGGUGGUUAUUUUCAUUAGUUGUCUUGGCCUGCUAUUUUGCCAACCUCAGUUCAUGGUUGCACAUGGAUAGCAAGCAACUCUCAAUCAAGAGCUUUGAAGACCUAGUGAACCAAAAUGUCAUUGAUUAUGGGACAAUCAAGGGAUCCUCCUCUCUUGCUUUCUUUAAGAACUCCAACAAUCCUACCUACCGCCGCAUCUAUGAAAACAUGGAAAGAAAACAGUCUUAUGCCCAGACAAUGGAAGAAGGCAUCCGAAUGUCACAGGAAGGAAAAUAUGCCUUCAUUGGAGAGUCUGUGUCUCUGGACCUGGCUGUGGCACGUUACUGCAACCUUAUGCGUUGUCCUGAGGUCAUCGGCAUGAGAGGCUACAGCAUUGCAGUUCCUAUCGGCUUUCCUAUGCUGAAAAACCUGAGUGUGGCCAUCCUCCAGCUGAGUGAGUCUGGAGAACUGGAUUAUCUGCGAAAUAAAUGGUGGGCAAGCAGCUGCAUGGAAGAAAAUGCACAGGCUUCAUCACUGAAGCCCAGCAGUUUGAAGGGAGUCUUUUUGCUUUUGGCGCUCGGCUUAGGGCUGGGACUUGUUCUGGCCAUCAUGGAGCUGACUGCCAAAUCACGAAACAUUGCUAACACACAGCAGAAAUCCUGUUGUUCUGUCUUGACUAGUGAACUUGGUCAGCGGUUCGGAAAAAGAGAGGAGGCUCAGGCAGAAAGCUCUGAGAAAUGCAAAGCUUAAAUUCCCUCAACAUUAUUAGAAGUGCAUUUCUGCCCAUACAAUCAGCUUGUGUUUUUUGGUUUCAAACAAAAGAGUUAACUGCUUAUGGAAAACCACUGCCAUUUGCAUUUAUCAUCAUUUUUAAAAUUAACUUUACAGACUAUAAAAAGCAUUUUUAUGUUUAUUGACUGGUUUUAGAUUAUACGAGUUGAAGAUAUCAAGUUAUUUCUUUACACACUCAUACUGCCCUAACCGUAAAUGUAGAAUAUAAACAAUAACUUCUAUUUAAACACUCUAGUUACUUAGUGUUUUUGCUUGGUUGGUUGUUUUUGUUUGUCAUCUGAAAAAAAUAAAUAAAUAAUAACAUUGUUUUAUAUGUAUUGGAAAUGAGAAAAGUGAAGGCAUGGACUGAAUAUAAGAAUGUUUCAUGGCUUCUUAUUGCUUUUAUACUAUUGAGUAAUAAAUGCAUGAUUAAAAUA